CAGCCAUACAUCAGCCAUCCGUCGCCUCGCGUCUUAACCACAAAUAACAAAUCCCUCACUGAGUGCCCUCCACACUGCCUUGUCUCUCUGACAUGAUCCAUCCAUCCAGCCUGUCCCCUCACCCAUCUGCAUGCAUUAUGUGUCUUGGCUAUCACUGGAUGGCACAUGACUGAGUGAUGCGGUUGAAGAGGGCCUGGCGGGACCGACGCGUGCAGCAGAAGAAGAAGCGACACAAGGUCGUCCGGCUCCUCUCACUCCGCAACGGGUCCUGCAUUGUAUACACACACAUGGCAUGGUCUGUGGUGUGUGUGUGCAGGUGUGCGCGAGUACUUGACCCACCUCGAGUCCGUCUGCGAGUGUGUAUGAGAUGGCGAAGCUGUCGGCAGCGGUGGAGGGGCCGCUCAUGGGCUCGGCCUGCCGCUGACGCUGGUGGGGGUCGUGAGAGCCCCACGACGGAAAGGGCGACACACGACCGCUGGCCGACGAAGCACUCGACGCUGCCUGAGCACGCCUGAUGCAAUGCAGGCACCGCACGACAGGAUUGGAGUGGGAGAUGUGGACACUAUAUACAUACGACAUGCGUGAAAGGGAGAAGGAAGGGGCUCACUUACUUUUCCUUCUGCUCGUUCUCCAGGACGUAGCAGCGCUGCUUCAGGGCUGAGAGAGGGGACGGGACAGGACAGCCGGGUGUAUGCUAUGCCCGCCUGGCACUGCAUUGCAUACCUUCGAUCUGCCUCUGAUAGUCAGCCAGUAGCCGCCUUUGCUCCUGCAAACACGCACAGCACAAACAGACACACAGACAGACAGAGCGGACACAAACCACAUACAUAAACACAUUGCCUCCCUCAUGACUGACUGACUGACUGACAGAUCGUUUGAUUGACUGAUUGUUAUCUCUGUUAUCUCUGUGUGAGCCACCCCAUUCACCCACCUCUGUCUCGUUCCUGAGGGAGUCCCUCUCAAUCUGGACCUGAGAUACAAACAGACGGACGGACAGCAUACACACACACACACACACACUGAUGGAUGGAUGGAUGGAUGACCCCGGCUGCACUCACUGCAGAGGUGCUGUGCUGGUCCCGCUUUGCUCACUCACCUGUUGCAGAGCUGCUUGGUCGGCCUUUGCUUGCCUCAGCUGGCCAUUCAGCUGGUGGAUCUGCGCCUCCCUGAUUCGAUUGAUUGGCCACACACAUACAGACAGACAUGUUUGCACUGCACACCAACCAAUGGUAUGGUACGUUGGUGUUGCUGCUCCCCACCUGACUCACCUUGCCAGCCUGUCUUCCUCCAACUUGCGGAUCUGAAUCUGGCUGCAGUGCAGUGCAGUGCAGUGCAGUGCCCGCACAUGGCAUUGCAUUGCAUUGCAGCCAGAGAGGGAGGGGAGGGGAGGGGAGGGGAGGGGACAACGACACAAGGCAGGCACAAGAAACACAAUGCAUGGUAGCCAGACAGACAGACAGCCAGACGAGCACCGCACCCAGUGUGUGGUGUGGUGUGGGCUGCUUGCUUACUAGUGUUGGCUCUGCUGUUCCAUCCGCUGCACCGACUGCUUCACAUUCUUGAAACCAGCUGCACGCACCACAGAUAUUGUCAGACAGGCACGGUGUGGUGCAGUGCAGCCAAGCCUCCCUGGCUGGCACACAGACACUGCCACACACACGUACGUCUGUAUGUAAUUGCCGACCUUCGCUUUGCCUGAGCAUGAGAUCGAAGGAAUCGUCGGUGGAGGGAGGGGCGCAGCUGAAACACACACGCACAGGCAGAGAGAGAGAGCCCCAUGAAGGUGCUCCUGCGCAUCCUGCCUGCCUGCCUCACUGACUGACUGACUGACUCACUGACUCACUGACUCACUCACUCAGCGUGGGUGUGUCACUCACUCAGCGUGGGUGUCUGCGGAUCCGCCGAGGACUUCGCUCUCGACCUCCAGCAGGAAGGCCUUGAACCGCUCUAUCAACCGCAUCUUCUCCUCCUGCGUAUCAGAUCAAAACAGACAGACACGACCGAACAGACACAGGAAGGAUCUAUAGGAUCCUGUGGCGUGCAGUGCAGUGCACGAUGUGUAUUAUGUGUGCCGGUGCGGUGCUGACUGACCAGUGCUUUCUUGAGCUUGGCGUUGAUCUGCUCCUUGACGUCUGCCGGGCAGCGCAGUGACGCACAGGACCAGACCACACAACAUCCGAAUUAUUGAUUGAUGGAUGGAGGGACGCCAUGUGGCUUUCAUUCCUUCGCUCCCUCCCUCUCUCGCUCCCCCACCUAGAUCUUCGGCAAGCGACUGUGUCUUGCUGCUGGCACGCCGGAAGGCACAGUCUGACCCACACAAGGCAGACAGACAGACAGAUCAACAGACGCAGGCACUUGGGAGAGAGUAGAUGCAAUACUAGCUGCUUUCCCGCCAAACUUACCGUCCUGAGAGAGGGAGGGGUCACGAAGCGGACCGACGCAGCAACACGCCGACACACAGACAAACAUAACAUACCAUACGGUCAGUCCAUCCAUCCAUCGCGUCUGUGUGGGUUGCUUGGCUUGGUGGUGUCUGUCUGUCUGUCUGUCUGUCUGUGCUGUGCUUACGCAGACGCGGACUUUGUCGUUGUACCCCAUGUCAGGCAGGCGCAGCCGAGUGGACGAACAGUCGGCACAAAACACCUGCAACCAUCGCAUCGCAUCGCAUCGCAUGAAUUGGAUGAAUCAUCCGCCACAGACACACACAUGACAGCACCAGCUCCUGUGUGUGGUUUUGUGUGCUUAUUGCCUUACCUUUCCGCAAGCCCUGCAGUGGUGUUUCCACUUGCCGAGGUUGAAGGUGGCGUUGCACUGCAUACACGCCGUCACCUCGUCAUCGGGCACCUACAGAUCGAUCAUACAAUACACACACAAUACACACCAGUGAACUCGUGAGUGUGAAAGAAGGAACAGUCAGAAAGAAAGCCAAUUAAGAGAAGAGAGGCCAGGGGCCUCAUCACACCACAUCACAUCACACCGGACGAAGGAAGGCACUUACCCAGUAGGCAGGUUUCUCGAUGUCCCUCUCGUCAGCACCUACUAUCUCGUGGGGCUUAAACCCACCAGACAUGAUCAUUGGAGCGACGGAUGGGAUGGGAUGGAUGGAUAGAUGCUGACAGACAGACGGCCUGACUGAGCUGACUGGUGUGGUGAAGAAGAAAGCCACAACAGUGAGAUCCUGGUUAUCAGCAGCUGCCCUGUGCGCCUGAUAAAUGCGGGAACGUUGAAGAGUCG